AUGGCUUAUUUACUUAUUUAUGUUGAAGAUAUCAUCCUCACCACUUCACAUGAUACUUUUCGGGCUCGUCUAAUUUCUCUAUUAGUUGUUGAAUUUGCUAUGAAAGACCUUGGGCCGUUGAGUCAUUUUCUGAGGAUUCAUGUUGUCACACGCACACAUGAUACUAUGUUCUUAUCCCAUCAGUCUUAUGCUUUGGAUAUAAUUGAAAGAGUUGGUAUGUCUUCUUGCAAAUCUGUUGCUACUCCUGUGGAUACGAAGUCCAAACUUAGCGCAUCAGCUAGUAAACCAUUUGAUGAUCCCACAUUAUACAGAAGUUUAGCUAGUGCUCUUCAAUAUCUUACAUUUACCGGACCUGAUAUUAGCUAUGUUAUCCAACAGGUUUGUAUGCCAUCUUCCAUGGAUCAAACGUUACGUGCCAACACUGAUGCUGAUUGGGCUGGUUGUCCUGACACUCGACACUCUAGCUCUGGAUAUUGUGUUUAUUUGGGUACUAAUUUGUUAUCUUGGUCCUCAAAGCAUCAAACAAUUGUUUCUCGUUCUAGUGCUGAAGCCGAAUACCAGGGGGUUGCGCGCAAAUGUUGUUGUUGA